AUGACAUUGCGGAAGAAAGAGCUCCACAUUUGUCCACCCCCAAAUUACGAAACGGGCAGCACAUUUAUUACAUUAAGAUGUCACCAUGGAGGCCUCAUUUCAUAUACUCCUGAUCCCCAUUACGAAGGUGGAGAUUUGUGUGUGUUUGACUAUGUUGAGAGUAUAGGUCUAAGUGUUUUUGAAGUGGAUAGAUUAACUGAGAGUGCUGGUGUAUAUGGUCAUAAGGUGUACUAUGGUUGGGAAAAUAACACCUUUAGGAGGAUAGACAGCAGUAGGGAGUUAAAUGGUUAUGUUAAGGGGGAGGUUGGACCAACUAAGGAAGUUAACUUAUAUCUUGAAGUAUCUUUUCAUGAAAUUCUAGUGCAACAACUUGGUUAUGAUCCGUAUGAGGUAGAUGAGACAGAAAAUGAACUCCAAAAUGGUGAUGGUAACAAUAAUAUUAGGGAUGAAGGUCAAGGAAGGUGUGCUGCUAAUAAUUGUGAUAAUGAUUCUGACGCAAGUGAUGAGACUUUUUUUUCAGCUAUUGAUUCAGAUUAUGAAAUAGGUGAUGAUGCUGAUGAUGGUAUAUUUCAUGAUAAUGUUGACAAAAAUGCUGAAUGGUUGGGAGUAGAUAAUCACAGGAAAGAAAAUGUGGUUCCUGAUCCUUUGAAUGAAGCAGAGGUGGUUCCUGAUUCUGAUGAAACAGAACAGGUUCCUGAUUCUGAAUCUGAUUUUGAAAGCAUUCAUGAGUCUGAUGAUGAAGAGUCUAAAUUGAGGUCUCGUACUUUUGAUCCUAAGCAUAUUGACAAUCCAAAAUUAGAGCUGUAUAUGUCCUUCACAAGUCUGAAACUUUUCAAGACUGCUGUACAUAAUUAUAGUGUGAAACAAGGCAGGCCUUGUAAGUUUGUGAAACAAGAUAGAGUGAGGGUGAGGGCUAGAUGCAGAAAUAGUGAAUGUAAUUGGGUUAUAUAUGCUAGAAAAUUAAGUGGGGAUGGAACUAUUCAAAUAAGAACAUUUGAAGAUAAUCACACAUGUGGUUUUACAUAUGAUAAUCCUCUUGUGCAUUCUGGAUGGGUAGCUAAGAAGUACUGUGAAGAGUUUAGGUGUAAUCCUAAAUUAGAUUUGGAGCAUUUUAGGAAGACAGUAAUGAAAGAAAAUAGGUGCUCCUUCACAAAAAAUCAAACAUAUAGGACAAGGAGAAAAGCAAUGAAAAUUGUUCAGGGCAGUGAAAAGGACCAGUACAGCAAAUUAGGAGUUUAUAUGCAUGAAAUUCUAAGAUCCAACCCUGGUAGCACUGUUAUAAUGAAAACUGUUGAUGGCUUUAGAGACUCAAAAACAGGGAAAGGCAGAUUUGAGAGGCUGUACAUUUGUUUUGCUGGAGUGAAGCAUGGUUUCCUAACUGGAUGUAGGCAAUUUAUUGGAGUAGAUGGUACUUUUUUGAAAGGAUCAGUAGGAGGAGUUUUGCUAGCAGCUGUUGGAGUUGAUGCUAAUAAUGGCAUUUUUCCAAUAGCAUAUGCUGCAGCAGAGGGUGAAAGUAAGGACUCAUGGUGCUGGUUCUUCAAACUAUUGAAAGAAGAUUUGAAGAUUGAAAAGGAUUAUGAGUGGACAAUAAUGAGUGACAAACAAAAAGGUCUAAUUGAAGCAUGUGAUAUGAUUUUUCCAAAUGCAGCCCACAGAUUUUGUGUGAAACACUUGCACAAUAACUUUUCAUCUGCUGGUUUCAAAGGAGAAGGUUUGAGGAGAGCGUUAUGGACUGUUGCCAAAGCAACAACACCAGCUCAAUUCAGUAGCAGAAUGGAAGCAAUGGCUGAAAUUGAUAUAGAGGCAGCCAGGUGGUUUGAUGGCAAACCACCAAGUCAAUGGAGCAGAGCUUAUUUUAGCACUCAUCCUAAAUGUGCUAUGUUAUUGAAUAAUAUCUGUGAGUGCUUCAACAGCAAAAUUCUUGAUGCUAGGGAGAAGCCAAUAAUUGAAAUGUUUGAAACAAUACGGUUGUACAUGAUGCAGAGAAUGCAAAAAAAUAGGGAUCUGGCCAAAGAGAAGUGGCAGACUUAUCCUUAUUGCCCCAGAAUUCUUCACAUUAUGCAGAAAAAUGUAGAUAGAGCACCUGACUGUUUUCCAUUCAAGUCAAAUGAUGAUCUUUAUGAAGUCAGUUGCCCAUAUGGUGACCAAUAUGCAGUGAACAUCAAGGAGCAAACAUGCUCUUGCAGAAAAUGGGAAUUAACAGGUAUUCCCUGUCCCCAUGCCAUUGCUGCAUUGUGGAUGGCUAAAAAGGAUCCUCUGCUAUAUGUUUCAAAAUGGUAUACAGUGGAGACAUAUAUGAAGUGCUAUGAAGGAUCAGUGUGUCCCAUGAAUGGAGAAAGUGAAUGGGGGCUUACUGAUGUUGGUGAAGGUCCUUUACCACCCUUAUAUGGGAGAGCACCUGGAAGGCCUAAAAAGCUGAGAAGGAGAAGUGCAGAGGAGGUUCAACAAGCCAAGGAAAAAACUAAGAAGAAGGUGACAAGAGUGGGACAGAUUAACAAGUGUAGAUACUGUCAUCAAAGGGGACAUAAUAUGAGGUCCUGCAAGCUUCUCAAAGAUGCUCAAGAUCCUGCAGUUGCAGAAACUGAUAUUAGUUCAAGCCAAGUUGCUGCUUCUACCAACAUGUAA